AUGUGCGAGAAUCGCACGCUGGCAGUCCGUGUAUCACGAGCGCCUAAAACUUUGGCGUCGACCGUGUUCUGUGCAGACGUGCGCCUUAUGCCUAUAUUGUCAGCUCUAGGUCUAAGGCUUCCGAGCGUCUACGAUGCGCGGAUACGACAGUGCUGCGACGCUGUGACAGAGACGGUCAAUGCGAGCGAGUACUCUGGUGCCGCCGAGCGUUGGACUGAUGAAGGUCGCGAGUUAGGACCCGCCGACGCUGAUCAAUGCCGUUUGAGAUUCUUGCCGUAUGUUAGAAUCGUAGAAGGGCGAAGUGCUGAACAGGGUCAAGCAGGUCGCGUGGGACUGCUCGAAUUGCCGGCAAGAGAAUGCCGCCUUGUGUGCAGAGAUUCGGCAGCCGUGUCGCUUGUUUCGAUGGACGAGCAGAUCAAGAUUGCGCAAUGUCCUGCCUCCGCGUUGUGA